CACGCAACUUGGAUGGGCAGCCUUCAAAUGCUAGGGUGAAGAGGUACAAGACCCUUCAUUAAUACCGUGACAUUAUACCCCGCCGUCGACCACUGCGUACAUGUAUAAGAUCGGCAGCUUCUGCUGACACUUCCCGCUGGGUAACCCUACCAGUACACAGUUCACAACUUCACCGCGCACACUUAGACGCCCGCGGAUAGCGGAGUUUGAACAUCAUGAGCUCCUUCACCAAGGCCCCGAGUGAGGAGGCGGCUAUCGAAGGGGUGAAAGAUGAUGUGCACGGAAAGCCGGCACCGCAGUCCGACACGGAUGAGGUCACGGUGGGCGAGAUCCAGGAGAACACCUAUGCCUACGAUGACUCGCGCAAGCUGGGCAUCACCGGCGCCGUCUUCCUCAUCCUCAACAAGAUGAUCGGAACCGGCAUAUUCUCCACUCCCUCGAGCGUUUUUGCCGCCACGGGCUCGGUUGGCGUGAGUCUGAUGCUGUGGGUUAUUGGCGGCUUCCUGACCUUCUGCGGCCUCAGCGUGUGGCUCGAGUUCGGCCUGGCAAUUCCGCGCUCAGGGGGCGAGAAGAACUACCUCGAGUACAUCUACCGCCAUCCGCGGUAUCUCGCCACUUGCGUCCUCGCCUCGCAGAUGAUCCUGCUGGGCUUCUCGUCGGGCAACUCGCUCGCCUUUGGCCGGUACAUCCUCUACGCGGCCGGCAACGAGCUCAAGGACAGCUACCGAGCGCGCGGCAUCGGCGUCGCAUGCAUCACGUUUGCCGUCCUACUGCACGCCGCGUUCCCGAAAUGGGGCAUCCGCCUGUUCAACACGCUCGGGGUCUUCAAGGUGGUGGUGCUGCUCUUCAUUGUCUUUUCCGGCUUCGCUGCCUUGGCCGGCCACAGGCUGGUCGAGGACCCGCGCAACUUUGAUAACGCCUUCGCUAUCGAGGCUGGCGAGGGCUAUGGCGGCGGCGGCGCGUAUGCGUAUUCAAACGCCCUGCUGAACAUUGUCUACAGCUACAAGGGGUGGGAGAAUGCGAAUUAUGUGCUGAGCGAACUCAAAGAUCCGCGCCGAACGCUGACGAUUGCCGCACCGCUUGCCGUCGGGGGAGUUACCAUUCUCUACGUCCUGGCAAACGUGGCCUACUUUGCCGCCAUCCCAAAGUCGGAUAUUGCAACGUCCGAGGUGAUUGUCGCCGGCCUGUUCUUCAGGAACGUGUUUGGUGACAGUGCCGGCGCCCGCUCGCUUCCCGUCUUUGUUGCUCUGAGCAAUCUUGGUAACGUUCUGGCUGUCAGCUUCGCCCAUGCGCGUCUGAACCAGGAACUGGGAAAGGAGGGAUUGUUGCCCCUGAGCCGCUUGUGGGGUUCCAACAAGCCGUUCAACUCGCCAGCUGCCGCCUUAUUCCUCCAUUGGCUGGUAACCGUCAUUGUCCUGCUCGCGCCACCGCCAGGACCAGCGUACAACUUCAUCGUCAACCUGUACACGUACCCGGGCGCCUGGAUCAACAGCUUCGUCGCCGCAGGGCUCAUCUACCUGCACUAUCAGAAAUCAGAGGCGUGGAACCCCGCGUGGCGCACCUGGCUGCCCGUUAUCGUCAUCUUCCUGCUGUGCCACGCUUUCCUGGCCAUCGUGCCCUUCAUCCCGCCCGCCGACGGAGACUUUUGGGCCGAGGGAUACCCGUACUAUGUCUUCCCUGUCGUGGGGGUCGGUGUCCUGAUCCUCGGCGGCAUCUACUGGGUGCUGUGGACCAAGUUCUGGCCGGCUGUGCGCGGACACAAGAUUGUUGCCGAGAGGAUUAUUGACGAGGAGGGUGUUGAGGUUGUUCGGUAUCGCAAGGUCAAGACACAUGUUUCAUGAGUGUUGUGGGAGGAGUAGGUGGAAGAAUAUAAUGUAAUGAUCACCUUCAUCAAUGAAUGUGUUAAUACACGUUGGAACACUCACCUCAUGGCCACCUAUCAUCGUCCUAUCAUACAGAUAGAUGCUUACAAAGAAAGCCGGACGUGAGGGUCCU